UUUGUACAGGUGUCUAAAGCCCUGCUCUUACGGUACCAUCCGCUAUCAACAGCCCUGACCGACAAGCUCUUCGCUCUGUUGAGUGACCCGGCGUUAGGAUCUCAGGUGGCUGAUGGUUUCUGCAUCCUCAUGAGCGACUCUCUGGAUGUGCUCAAUCGCAAUUGCCACGCCGACGUGCGCAUUAUGUACCGACAGCGCUUUUUCGCUGAAAACUCGACCAAACUCGUUCAAGGCUUCAACUCGGCUGAGCAGGAGAAGAAGUCUUGUUAUUUGAAGGCACUGUCGCACAUUGUCAGUAACCUUCCCAGACAGGUCCAGCUCACAGAGCUUCCUGCGUUGCUGCCGCUGCUGUUGGAAGCGCUAUCGUGUGCGGAUCAGGCGGUCCAGCUCUCCACUCUGUCCUGCCUGCAGCCAGUGUUGCUGGAGCCACCAGCGGCCGUCAGGAACCAGCUGGAGGCGCUGUUCUCCCGCCUGCUGGCCCUCACCACCAGCCCUGCUAUGAAAGUGAGAGUUGCGUCGCUCCAGUGUGUUCAUGCGCUCUCUCGCCUGCCUGAACAUAUGGUAAGAAAAUCAUGAGAACUUAUGAACAGCAUCAGUUAGCCCUAAA